UACAAUCCCUCGUUUUUCAUUGGCUGAUUAAACAGCUUGCCCGAGUUUCAAAUUGCAUCGUGUAGUGUUGUAGGAAGCGUGUUUUAACGUGUUUUUUGUCGACUACCAGCAGUGUGCGUUGUUAUUUUAGCUGUUUUAAAGAACUAAAUCCAUAACAUGUAGCGUACCACGAAGCGUGUUUUUAUGUAAAAUGGCUGAAGCGGUAACUUCGACUCUGAGAGGAUUUCUGGACUUCAGUCCAGUAAACAGAGGCGAUGCUAACAAGGAGAACGACGUCCCCGUUUUGAGUUUGAGCCAUUUUUCAAAGGCUCCUUUUGUGACAUUUGGAGCCGUAAAGCUAGGCACCUCUAAGUCCGCUGUGCUGCGAAUUGAGAACCCUACGGAUGAUGCAGAAGUGGAGGUUACUAUUGAAAAGAUCCCGUCAAUAAAAGGAUUUUCUGUGGACCGCAGAACGUUCACGAUACAGCCUGAAGACUCCUUCAAUUUGACAGUGUCCUGGACUCCAACAGAAGAAGGCAGGGUCCGGGAGCUCAUCAUCUUCAACGCCAAUGGCGUUAUUAAGCACCAGGCUGUUCUGCUGGGGAGAGCAGAAGCACCAAAAAAGAAAAAGAAAAGCUUAUGGGACACAAUAAAAAACAAAAGGCAAGGUGAAAAAACAGCUGCCCCCAGAGGAAAGAAAACAGAGGCCACCUUGAAGAUGGCAGCCAAUAAAACUUUCCAAGUGUCCCGGACGCCGCAGUAUAAGCGCGACAAGCCCCGCAGCCCACUUGCUUCACUCAAUGAGAGCAAAGCUGUCAGAGAGAGGUCCCUCACAAAGUGCAGUCCUACUGCCGACCCUCCUUGGAAAAUAGAGGAGCAGAAGGUCAUAAAUCCCAGCCAGAGGCAAGAGACUCUGGUGUUGUCAGACCAGGAGAAUGUCCAUCACCUUCAGAAGAGCUCUUGUCUUGUCCUAAUUGUCCCGGACACAAAGUCGAUGGACUCCGGCAGCAUGUCUACUAGCCCAGAUGUUCUGGCAGGCAGACCUGAAAACAAAGACAUUUCCAAAGUGCUUAACAGGACCCUGUCACCUACUGGGACACCAGAAAGGUUUAAGAAGCUCAUGCCUCAUAUUCAGUCAGAAAGCCCAGUUCCUGCUACUGUAAAGUCUGUGGCUGAUGCUGAAGGAGACUGUGCAUUAAGUAGAACCCCAGUUCUGUCUUUGAAACAUGCACUGGCCAUCAUCGACUCUGAUCUGGCCCACGUUAACCCCAGUCCUCGAGAUGAUAGUUCAAGCGGUGACUUUUCUGAUUCGCUGGAAUCCAAGUGUGAGAGUCAUAGCUGUGGGUCUGACAGAAAUGUCCCCAGAGUAUUACCUGAUAGCCCAGAGUUGUCUGAGUCUAGUGAGCCAAGACUGACUUUCUUUGUCAACAAAAAAGUUGUUGUGAGUGAGGUUGUUGUUUCAGAGUCUGAUAAGGCUGUGGAAAGAGUUAAAAAAGCUUCUUUCACCUCUACCACAGUGACCAAGAGUAAAGCUCCAGUUGAGACAAACUGUUCAAAUGGAAGGAAAAUGAAGAAAUCAAGGCGACGGCUCUUGGACCAAACACUCGAGCUGUCUGACGGCAGCAGUCAGUGUGACUCUGGACCAGGCACUCCAAACCUUCCUGUGAUAGACCUGGGCACAGGAACCCAAGGACGGCAAAGCUCUGUGGCUUCCAGCCUCCUGUGUGAUGACAGACAUCAGGCCCUGGAGUUUACCUCCUCUGGCCUAACUGUACGGCUCGACAGAUCGCCUAUCCUUGUCACCUCGCCUCUGUCUACGGCUCCUACUUGCUUCUCUUUCUCAUGCACAUCUCCCCCUCCUGCAGGCCCUGCCCCCAUUGCUUUUACCAGCGCCCUUCCCUCAUCACCCGUCGGCCCAUCUUCUCUACUUCGCCUCAACCUCUCAACGGACCCUAAUGUGUAUGAGCAGCUGACACAUGUGUCCGAUAAGGAAGAGUCAUUUCCCAUUCACAUAGCAUUGAAGAGCAAGAAGAGGAAGAGUGAGGAGUAUUUGAAAAGUGAUGCAAAGGAAGAAGAUGCCUUGAAAAGUGACAGGGUCAAAAGGAGCAGGGUGGUAGCUGGAAAAACUGAGCCUCCAAGAUCAGCGCAGGAGCAGAGAAGUGCAUCACAGAGGCAACUGCCGAGAGCAGCAGGCUCGUUGAGUUCAAUGUCUGCAUCAUCUCUGAAGAGUGUGAGGUCUGCAGUCCCUGCCAAGAAGAAGCAGCAGCUGAGCUCUAAACCUACCUCACGAGGUGCUCCAAGUCUGAAAUCGUCUCGCACUCCAUCUGUGAAGAAGUCAAAAAUUGUUGCUGUAGCACAGUCAAAGCUGACCUUUAUUAAGCCUGCUCAAACAGCUAUACCGAGGCACCCGAUGCCGUUUGCAGCCAAGAACAUGUUCUAUGAUGAGAGGUGGAUUGAGAAGCAGGAGAGAGGGUUUACAUGGUGGAUCAACUAUGUCCUCACCCCAGAUGACUUUAAAGUCAACACAGAGGUUGCUAAAGUGAGCGCCGUGUCCAUUGCUAUGGGCAGUGAUAACGACUUCAGUGUGCUUAAAGCUCCUACCAAAGAGGAGAUGUCUUUCAGCACCUACACAGCCCGACGGAAUCUAAACCGCCUCCGUCGUUCUGCCUGCCAGCUGUUCACAUCAGAGGCCAUGAUCAAGGCUAUUCAGAGGCUCGAACUGGAGGUGGAGGCCAAGCGGCUGCUGGUCCGAAAAGACCGCCAUCUUUGGAAGGACAUAGGUGAACGACAAAAAGUCCUCAACUGGCUUCUUUCGUACAAUCCGCUGUGGUUGCGGAUUGGGCUCGAGACGAUCUACGGGGAGUUGAUUUCACUAGAGAGCAACAGUGAUGCCUUGGGUCUGGCUAUGUUCAUCCUCCAGCGGCUGCUGUGGAACCCAGACAUUGCUGCAGAGUUCAGGCACCCCAGGGUGCCUCACCUUUACAAAGAUGGCCAUGAGGAGGCGCUGUCUCGCUUUACUCUGAAGAAGCUGCUCCUGCUGGUGUGUUUCCUGGACAAGGCCAAAGAGUCUCGGCUGAUUGAGCACGACCCCUGUCUGUUCUGCGUGGAUUCAGAGUUCAAGACAAGUAAAGACCUACUCCUGGCCUUCUCCAGGGACUUCCUGAGUGGAGAGGGGAUCCUCCCCCGACACCUCGGCUACCUGGGGUUACCUGUCUCCCACGUUCAGAUGCCCUUGGAUGAGUUCAACUUUGCUGUGAAGAAUCUGGCAGUUGACUUGAAAUGUGGGAUUCGGCUAGUCCGUGUGAUGGAACUCCUCACCCAGGACUGGGCUUUGUUGGCGAAGCUCCGUCUGCCAGCCAUCAGCCGCCUGCAGAAGGUUCACAACGUCGACAUUGUUCUGCAAGUGCUCAAAAGCAAAGGGGUCGAUCUCAAGGAUGAAAAUGGCUCCACCAUUGACUCCAGAGACAUUGUGGAUGGACACAGAGAAAAGACAUUAAGCCUCUUGUGGAAAAUCAUCUUUGCGUUUCAUGUGGAGGUGAUUCUGGACGAGGAUCAGUUGAGGGAAGAGACUGGAUUCCUGAAGAGAGCGUUGAGGACCAAACGGAGGCUGCUAUGUGUGAGGGCCGAUUGGGGACUUCAGCCAAGUCCUGCAAAGACCCGGGUGCCGUAUGAACAUGGCAGCACCAGGAUUACCCUGCUGAUGGACUGGGCCCGUGCUGUGUGUGACUUCUACAACCUGAAGGUGGAGAACUUCACCGUGGCGUUCUCAGAUGGCCGCAUCCUCUGCUACCUUAUCCACCACUACCACCCCAGUCUGCUGCCAGAGGAGGCUGUCAGUCACAGCACCACACAGACUGUCGAGUGCUCACCGAGGGGCCGCCUUGAGCUCAGCUGCUCAGCCAGCGAUUCUGACAGCUCCUUUGACUCCUUGCCGACAGGCCUGUACGGCCCAGAUUCUCCAUCAGUGACGUUUAAACAGCUUCUGGAAAACGAGAAAAACAACUUCAGACUGGUCAACACUGCUGUGGCUUUCCUUGGCGGAGUUCCCGCCAUGAUCAACCCAGCUGACAUGUCCAACACUAUCCCCAGUGAGAAGGUUGUGAUGUCUUACCUUUCGUUCCUGUGUGCUCGUCUGCUGGACCUGAGGAAAGAAACCAGGGCAGCUCGGGUGAUACAGGGCGCCUGGAGGAAAUACAGCCUAAAGAAAGAUCUGCAGCUCUACGAGGAAAGAAACACAGCUGCUCUGAAAAUCCAGUUAGUUGUGAGGAAUUUUCUACAGAAGUGCAGGGCUAAGAGGCGGAAUCAAGCUGCUGUUCUCAUCCAGUCUGCCUGGAGGGGAUAUUUCACCCGCAACAGGCUGAGGCUAAGAAAAGAGGCUCAAUUUCAGACUCUGCAGCAUGAAGCAGCAGCUGUCAUUCAGGCUCACUGGAGGAUGUUGUUGGUCAGGAGGGCUUACCUACGCCUCAGAUACUACACCAUUGUUGUCCAAGCACAGUGGAGAAUGAAGAGGGUUGCUUCUGCUUAUGAAAGAAUCUACUGGGCGGCAACAGUCAUUCAGAAGCACUCACGAGCAUGGGCUCUUGCAAGAAAAGAUCGGGAAUGGUAUUGUUCCUUUAGAACUGUAGUGGUAAAAAUACAGAGAGGAUAUAGAAGAUGGAAAACCCAGAAAACAGAAAAAGAAAACCGAGCUGCCAAAGUGAUACAAGCCAUGUUUAAGAAGUGGUACAAGGAAAAACUGGCCACAAGAAGUGCUGCUGCUGUAAGGAUUCAGUCUUGGUACAGAAUGCAGAGGUGUCUCCAUCAGUACAGAAAGAUCAAGAGAAGCAUCAUGCUCUUUCAAGCCCAAUACAGAGGUCAUGCACAGAGGCGAUGCUUUCAGAUGUGGAAGCAUCAGCACCACUCAGCUACUGUCAUCCAGAGCGCCUUCCGAGGACAUGCUGUCAGAAAACAGGUGGCACAAAAGAGAUGUGCUGCAGUCAUAAUUCAAUGCUGGUUUAGGGCCUCUGUGAAAAGAGACAUGGAGAGGCAAAUGUUUAUGAGGAUGAGAUGGGCUGCUGUUACCAUACAGGCAGCUUAUCGUGGAAAAGUGGCUCGAGAGUCGCUGAAGAAACAACACAAGGCAGCAAAGGUAAUCCAGGCAGGUUUUAGGAGGUAUGCUGCUCAAAGGCACUAUCUUGUCUUGAAAAAAGCUGCAGCUGUGAUACAGCAGAAGUACAGAGCCACAACUUUGGCUCAUAAGACAAAGCAGAAUUAUGACGCUCUUAGGAAAGCUGCACUUAUCAUACAAGCGAACUGGAGAGGCAGAGCUGACAGGAAGUGGAUAGAAAAGCAGCAUCAAUGUGCAACACUGAUACAGUCUUACUAUCGUCAGCACAAAGCACAAGCUGAGUACAGGUCAAAGAAGGCAGCAGCUGUAAUCAUACAAUGUCACUACAAAGCUUAUGUUGCUGGAAAGGAGACCAGGGAAGCAUUUCUGCACCAGAGAGCAGCCUGUGUUACUCUUCAAGCUGCAUUCAGAGGCAUGAGAGUUAGGACAGAGCUGAACAAAAUGCACUGGGCGGCAACUGUCAUUCAAUCUUCAGUUAGGAUGUUUUUAUGUAGGAAACAAUAUUAUCUCCUUCAAAGUGCUGUGAUUAUUAUCCAAAGUCGAUACAGAGCUCUUCUGCUCCGCAGGGCACAGCAAACUGAGUACAGGGAGCUAAAGCAGGCCACCAUAAAGAUACAAGCUGUCUACAGAGGAUUUAGAGUGAGGGAAGACCUAAAGAAGAGGCACAACGCAGCCAGAGCAAUCCAAGCUCAGUUUAGGAUGCACAGAAUGCGUAUGGCAUAUCUUGCCACCAAGUGUGCUGCCAUUAUUAUUCAGGAACGCUACAGAGCGAGGUUGCUCAGGGAUCAGCAGCUGCAGAACUACAGAACAAUGAAAUCUUCAGCUGUAGCCAUCCAGGCAGCAUAUCGUGGCCACAGGGCUAGGAGGAAGGUUGCAGAGAUGCACAGAGCUGCUGUGGUCAUUCAGCGAAAGUUCCUCACCAUCCGAGACAGAAAUAGGUUUAUAGCUAUCAAGAAAGCAGUUUUGGUUUGUCAACAGAGGUACAGAGCAAUGAUGCUGGCAAGAAAAGAACAUCUGGUAUAUCUGUCAAAGCGCAGGGCAGUCAUCUAUCUGCAAGCAGCCUACCGAGGAUAUGAGGUCAGAAAGCAGUUGCAUAUCCAGCAUAUGGCAGCUGUAACAAUUCAGUCUCACUUCCGCAAAUAUCAGCACAGAACCUACUACAAGAAGCUCUGCUGGGCUGCCAGUGUACUGCAGACAUGUUACAGAGCCAACAAAAAAAUGAGAGAGGAGAUGCAAACCCUAAAAGCCAAGAGAAAUGCUGCUGUUGUCUUACAAGCUGCGUUUCAUGGAAUGAAAUCCAGAAGAAUAAUCAAACAAAGGCAUCAGGCUGCCACUGUUAUCCAGAGAGCUUACAGAACCCACUGUGAGCGCAAGCAGUACCUAACCUUAAAAUCCUCUGUCCUCACCAUUCAACGGAGGUAUCGGACCACUGUAGCAGCAAAGGAAAAAAGGAAAAGAGACCUGCAAAUGCGCAGAGCAGCUGUCGUUCUUCAGGCAAUGUACAGAGGCCAGCAGGUGAGGAAAGAGUUUGCUCGUCGCCAUCAGGCUGCCACUGUGAUCCAGUCUGCGUUCAGAAAGCACAGAGAGGAAGUCAAAUUUCAGGCCAUGCGACUAUCUGCAGUUGUCAUCCAGAGACACUAUCGGGCCCUUGUUCUUCAGAGGCGAGCAAAAGAAAACUUCCUAAAAGUGAGAAAUUCUGCUGUUGUUCUCCAGGCAGCUUUCAGAGGUUAUCAUGUUCGAACCAACAUUGCCAAGAUGCACAGGGCGGCUACUGUCAUUCAGGCAAACUUCAGGAGGUACAAACAGCAGUCAGAGUUCAGGAGACGGCACUGGGCUGCCUCUGUCUUACAGCAGAGGUUUAGAGCUCGGAGACAGAGAAACCUUGAGAUGAAAAAUUACCAAGAGGUCAGAAAAGCUGCUGUUGUAUUACAGGCUGCCUAUCGUGGAAUGAAAUCCAGAAGAAUCAUCAAACAAAGCCAUCAGUCUGCCAGUGUUAUCCAGAGAGCUUUCAGAGCCUAUUCCGAACGCAAGCAGUAUCUGAGCUUAAAAUCCUCUGUCCUUACCAUUCAGCAGCGAUAUCGGGCCACUGUAUCAGGUAAAGCACAAAGAACACAGUACCUGGAACUGCGUGGUGCAGCCAUCAUCCUUCAGGCAGUGUACAGAGGCCAGCAGGUGAGGAAGGAGGUUGCUCGUCGCCAUCACGCUGCCACUGUGAUCCAGUCUGUGUUCAGAAAGCACAGAGAGGAAGUCAAAUUUCAGGCCAUACAACUGUCUGCAGUUAUCAUCCAGAGACACUAUCGGGCCUGUAUUCUCCAAAGACAGGAAAGAGAAAAGUUUGUGAAAGUGAAACAAUCCACCAUCAUCAUCCAGGCAGCAUUUAGAGGGUGGUGUGUCAGGAAGGACUUCAGGCGACGUAAUCAAGCUGCCAUUAUGAUCCAGUCAUGCUGGAGAUCCUCAGUGCAGAGGCGUAUCAUCCAAAGGAAGAGAGAAGCAGCCAUUAAACUCCAGCGGAGGUUCCGGGCAGUGCAGCUUGGCAGGGCGGAGAGGAACAACUACAUCCGGAUGCGGCAAGCUGUCGUCACACUUCAGGCACACUGCAAGGCUUGGAUUGCAAGAAGACAGGUACAAGAGGUAGCCAAGGCAGAGAGGAGGCUUCGUUUUACGUCAGCUGUCUUCCAUCAUCUCAGUGCCAUCAAGAUCCAACGAGCUCUGAGAGCCCACUGGGCUUUAGAGUCGGCAAAAAGGCAAAUCCAUUCCAUCAUCACCAUACAGCAAUGGGUGAAAGCAAAGCAGCAGAGAAGACGGUAUCUGGAGGAAAAGAGGAAGGUGGUUAUAGUGCAGAGAGCGGUCAAGCGCUGGUUAGCCUGUCGCCACAAAGCAGCAUACAUCAUCCAGAAGGCUGUCCGAAAAUUCCUCCUGCUCAGGCGCCAGAAGAGGGUUCAACGGGGCAUUGUCAAAGCUCAGGCUCUGUGGAGAGGACACCGCUCCCGCCGACUGAAUGACAAUCCUAAGGUUGUAAAGUUGAGACACCGCCUACUUAAAGUCUCUGCCAGCAUCCGAGAGGAGGACAAACUGUGUAACAAAACGUCAUCUGCGCUGGAUUACCUCCUUCGUUACAAACACUUCUCCUACAUUCUAGAGGCCCUUAAAAAUCUAGAAACUGCCACCAGGCUUUCCCCAGAAUGCUGUGAGCGGCUGGUGGAGAGCGGUGCCACUAAUGUCAUCUUCACGCUCAUCCGCUGCUGCAACAGGAGCGUCCCCUGCAUGGACGUCAUCACCUUAUCCAUCCAGAUCCUCCUUAACCUUUCCAAGUACCACAAAACCAUCGAGGCAGUAUAUUUGGUGGAACAUUCUGUAGACACACUGCUGGACCUGCUGCAGAGAUACCGGGAGAAGGCAGGGGAUAAAGUGGCAGAAAAGGGUGGCAGCAUCUUCACAAAGGCCUGCUUCCUCCUCGCUCUCCUGCUGCAAGACAACCAUCGUGCUGUGGAGGUUAAGAAGCUCCCCAAGGCCUUGGAAAGGAUACGCAGUAUUUAUCACCUCACUGCUCGCAAACACAAGAUGGAUGCAGAAAGAACUGUUGCCAAACAGAAGAUGAAUGCCUCAGUCAACGGGAGCUUCUUUGUUCAAGCAACGCCUCGUAAAUCCCGCCCUGUGCCAAAAUUUGCACCAGAUUGGGUUCUCAGAAAGGACAAGCUCAAAGAUAUUGUGGACCCACUGAGGGCCAUUCAAAUGGUGGCAGACAUACUGUCCAUUGUGUUGUAAAGAUAAUCUUGAUUCAACAUCUCCACAUUUUUCCUUCAUAAAAUGUUUUUUUUUUUACUUUUUACAGACACAUUCCCAUGUAUAUAAUAAAAACGGAUUUGUUUUUUUUAUGGUCCAGUUUCAUAUAGCUUUCAUGUUUUCCUUGUCUUUGACUAGACUGAGAUUGGCAAAGUGAAACCAGAUUAAUUGAUCUUUACAUGUGAGUCAGAAGUUAAAUUAGGGUCACAUGCCUUGUUCAUGUGUAAGUUCUUUAGUAGCACUACAAAAAAUGUCAAUGUUAAUGUCAAUUUGCUAACAUGCUGUUUUUUUUUUUUAUUAUUAUUUCAUUUGGCCUCAACUGAGAGUUUUAUAAUGGCAUUAACUCUGAUUUAAUCAUAAAAAAAUUGUUAAAGAUGUCAGAUUAUAAUUUUAUAAAGGUCCUGACUAGAAGUAACACAAGCACAGGUUCAAACUUUUCUCUAAAGCAGCACUUUAAAUCACUGGGUGCACUGUGUCAUAAUAUGUGGUUACUCACAGUCCUCAAGUUGCAUCAUUCCCAGUCAAUGAAAGCCCUUAUUGGCAUGAGAGCAGCAGCUCCACACCAUAAUCACACUUCCAAAGGAUUCCCACUGUGCCAACAGGUCUUUCUUACACGUGAACUCAAUCAUUAUGGGCUGAAUACAUCUUGGAGAACUUUGUUAUGUGAAUGCCAUGUUGCCUCAUGUCAAUGUUAUUCAUGGUGCAGGGUUCUGCAAAAUAUAAUGGACAAGUGUUUUGUUAGUGACAUGUUCAAACAUACACAUCUACUGCCAGUAUAUAGACAACUUUUGCACAGUUUCCAAUUUUAGAAGAGGUAUUUCGAUCCUUGACCUGAAGCAGCCAUCAUAAAUGCAAAGUUACUGUGAAUAUUCUGGAUCACACGUAGCUCUCAUGCCAUAUUUUUUGGCCACAGCAGGCAGCUGUUUGCAGCAAACACAGAGAUGAGUAAGUGAACAUGGCAAAGCAUUCAACUAAUAAAGGGUCUAUUUCCCUGGGUGUUGUUGGACACCAGAAAUGGAGCUAAAAAGUGAAUACUGGACUGUUGGAUUCUGUUUCAAAUGAAUAAUAUUGCUGGAUGUGUAAAUAUGCAACUGUUUGCUAACAACUUAUAAAGUGAUGAUAACCUCUGUCAGUGUUGUGUUUACAGCUUGUUUCUAUACAGUAUAAUCAUUAAAUCAGUUAC